CCCACCUUGUCACAACGAUUUAGGGUCAGUCUCUCAGACGGGAAGGUGCUCUCGCCGCGAACCCCCCUUCCACCUCUGGAUCCCCACCUCUAUCAGUAUCUCCCUCCCACUCUAUCUCGGUGUUUUAUGUCUGCGUCACAACAAGUCGGUUUAGAGCGCGAGGCAGGGAUGAUGGCGUCUCUGGCGGCUUGAUUCCGGCGCUGCUCUGACAAACCCGCCUUAAUAGCAUCAAUAGGUGGAGGCGGAGAGGGGGGAGAGGAGGGCUAAAGCGACGGGAACAUGACGAAACGGUAUCGCGGAGGACGGACAAACUAGGCUGAGAGACGGACGGACAGUCAGUCACCCCACCUCCUCCCCCUCCUCCUGGCUGACGGCUUGACUGACACACACACUCGUGGGCGCUUGGCACAGACAGGGACAUACAUGCACAUCCUCCACUUUUUGGAAACACGCAGGGCUGCGCAUCCAAACGGGCAGUAAUUGGGCAGAGGAGAUCCACAGCUCAUGAGGGCAUUUCAUGUCCAGCCUGCCCAGGAAUCACUGUGACCCCGACGGAAAGGAGUUCGACUUGACAGGAUGGGGGGAGUAAGUGAAGGAGAUGAUGUGUUGGCUCGAUGGAGUGAUGGACUACUGUACCUCGGCAAUGUGAAAAGAGUAGAUGGAGUCAAGCAAUGUUGUCUGGUGAGAUUCGAGGACAACUCGGAGUUCUGGGUACUGAGAAAGGACAUUCACUCGUUCGCUGCUGGAGUGGAAGAAGUUUGCUGUAUUUGUGACGCUCCGCCUCUUAAAGAACCCCUCAUAAAUUGUCUUAAAUGUCGCCACGGUUAUCAUCCAGAGUGCCACACGCCAACCAUCGAACCGGAAGCUGACAGCGAUUCCUGGAUAUGUCGGCAAUGUGUCUUUGCAGUCGCAACCAAGAGAGGCGGGGCGCUCAAACGGGGACGCUUCGCCCGGCUCAUGCAAUUUAUGAAACUCCGGCUUCCCUACCAGCUGUCGUCUUUAGACUGGGACCAGCAGCAUCUGACCAAUCAGCAGCAGUGCUACUGCUACUGUGCCGGACCUGGAGAGUGGAACCUGAAGAUGUUGCAGUGUGCGAGCUGCGGUCAGUGGUUCCACGAGGCCUGCACACAGUGUCUGACCAAGCCGCUGCUAUAUGGAGACAGGUUUUAUCAGUUCCAGUGCUCAGUAUGUACAAAGGGACCAGAGACCAUUCAAAGACUACCCAUGACCUGGAUGGAUUUGGCUCAUUUAGUGCUCUACCAUCUCUCGCUGUGCUGCAAGAGGAAAUACUUUGAUUUUGACCAUGAAAUACUGUCCUUCACCAAUGAGAAUUGGGACUCCUUGCUCCUAGGCGCGCUCUCUGACACGCCAAGGCAAGACCGCUGUCACAAUCUCCUCAACGCUCUGAACUCCCACAAGGACAGGUUUGUCUCUGGAAAGGAGAUAAAGAAGAAGAAGUGUCUCUUCGGGCUUCAGGUCCGAGCCCCGCCUCCGCUGACGUCUGAUUCGUCGCCCCUCAUCACGGACCCACCUAUCAACAUCACGCACCGGAGAAGGUCAGUCCCGUUGUCACUACCCUGCCAGAGGAGAGUGGGGGGGCCGGAGUCUCGUAAAUCAAAGCGUCGCAUCAUGGAGACACAGGUUUGUCCCCCCCCAGCUGCUGCCAACCCCAUUGAGCUGCUGCCAUGUUGCCAGGGAUACAUGGGAGGGGCCAGCCUUUACAACUCCAGGAAGUCAGAGGAGGAGCUUAGUUUAAGCUCUCCUCCCAAGCGGAUGUAUGCCCUCUACCACACCACAUACAACGGAAAUUCUUCACUCUCCAGGAGUCUUCAUCACUACAACAGCGUGGAGGACACCUGCAGAGUACCACCACCUUGCUACCCUUACCCCCUCAACUCCAAUGGCAGCCUUCACCACCACCCCUACCAACACCAAAACAACCACCAACACAACAACCAACACCAACACAACAACCACCAGCACAGCCUCCAACACAACCAUCAACAUAACCACCAACAGAGCCACCAACACAACAACCACCAACAAAACCACCAACACAGCCACCAGCAGCAGCCCGGGCAGAAGCAGCUGGAGCCCCUCAUCCUACGUGAAAUGCCCCCAUACCAGGCGGACAAUGGCGGAGAGGGUGGUGGAGGAGGAGGAGGAGGAGGUGGAGCAGGGGGGGUUUUAGUUGGAGGUGCAGAUGGGACAGUGUCCAGGAGCUGCGGAGGAGGGGAGGCAGUGAGGAUUUUGGCGAGACGCGUCACACCAGACGGGAAGGUGCAGUACCUCGUGGAGUGGGAGAACGUGAAUCUGUACUGACACACGGAGAGUAAACACGAGACGCAGUGACUGUUCGCCACAGGAAUACUCUCUGUGUGAUAUGUGGCGGUGUUUGAAGUACAAACAAAACAAAAAAAGGACAAAAAAAAGCCUCUACACGUUGCAAAUCCAGGUUGCUCUCACCUCUAUUCUACAGCAUUAUAAUUCACUACUCGUUACUAAAUGUCCCUUUUUGCUAGUGUUUCUCUGAUAUUUGUACUGUUAACUUUGGAAUAUGCCUUUGCAUUUAUCAUGUUUAACGGUGAUGAGGGAAGAUAUUUAAACCUCUGGAGAAUGUGUAAACAUUUGGAAAUCAAGAAGAGAAUAUCUUUAAGUGUAGUCAACAUUUGGUUAUACAUCACUGGAUAAGCAACCGUUUAGUAAAAUACAUUUAAAAAUAUGCUUUUUGUGAAAAUGUGAACAUUUUCAGUGUUUCUAACGCUAUAUCUUAAUGUGAAUAUACACCCUAUUUUGCAUUAAACUAUAAUCAUUAUUGGCUUAUUAUUCUCACUACCAAAUGAAUGAUUAGUAGGUACUUUAAAUAUGGAGAAAAUUCAAGAUUGAACUCCUUUGUUCUUUUAAAAUUGUUUUAUUUAACAGCUUGCCACAGCUAUAUGGAUAGUCACAAAGCAAGUAGCUCAUUGAUAAAUGGCUCGGUAAAAAAUUGAUGGAGUUCAGUCAGAAAUUUGUCCCAGAAAAUACAUUUGAUGAAUUAUCAAUUAUCAGUGACGACAGAUGGGUGGUUGCUCAUGAAAAAAGCAGUGACCUUUUAUUUGCCAUAUUGUAGUUUAAUGCCUUGCUUAAAGGCACAUUGAAAGCAGUGGUUAAUUCCUGCUCGGACAAACAAUUCUGUGGAGGUUUUUAUAUUUUCUCAUCACUGUAUGUUAAUAAGAGAUUGUAUACAUGUUAUUACGGGGUUACUUAUUUGUUUUGUUAGAUUUUGUUACAUCAUUUAAAUUAAAACUAAUGUACGUAUUAGACAUAGGAGCCUCAACAGGGCUUUUGUUUUAUAGAUAGAAUUAUAUAUUCACAAUAUAUUGCUAUGAAUAUCUUUCUUUUAUUUUUUUGACGUGGUUGCAUAGUGCCUAAACGGGUUGUGUACCUGCCGAUUGGUCUGCUGACUUUGGUCGACCAAUCAGACGACAGAUAGAUGAACGAGGCCAUGUUGCUACUAAACAAGAGGAUGGCUCUUUGUCAGUUAAGACUUCAUUGGUAAUCAAGGACCAGUUAUAUAGUUGAGUCGUUUUUUUAAUCAGAGCAGGACUGUGAUGUUACUGUACAUUCCAAACAAACAAACAAACAAACAAACAACAACUGUUUGAAGUCAUCAGAACGGAGAAUAUUUUCAGAGAUUGCGUUUCUUUGUUUUACUUUUUAUGGGUGUUAAUUGUUAUCCCGAUCAGCUAAAGGUCAGGUCCAGGUUUAGUUUGUAGGGAGUUCAAUCCUUGCGUUCAAAGUAACAGUACAGGUAAAGGAGACACUGAUAGGCCCGACUCCUAACUCAAACCCAUCGUUUCUUCCAGGGUUUAUCACAGUCUAUAAUUGAAAAGGUACAACCUGACACUAAGUACAAAUUCAUAAGUCAAAGCCUGACUUCUGCUCAGAUGUGCUUACAGAGGCAAGUGAGGUGCUGAAGUUGGAUUUUACAGGUUACAUAAAUCUAGAAUACUGUGGUGCAAGUUUCAGAGUUUAUAUUUUAUACAGAGGUUUAUUUCUGGAUCUGCUCAAUAAAACGUACACAACAUAUAUAUUUCAGUUUUAACUUUCAGGAAAGACUAUUACAGGUUUGGUUGAAAAAGCAAAAGAUGCAUACAGCAUUUGUACUGUUAUAGUCAAACCAAUGCAAAACUCAGAUUUGAUUUAAUUGUCGACCUCUCUGUUAAACUAGUGCACAUUUCAUGACAGUGACAUUAGGUUGAUCUCAUCCUCCUCAGUGACUAUUUGACUGUAGUUUAUUAGGAAGGGGUGUGUUGAACCUUUCUAGGCGAAGGUGAUGAAUGUAUUUGUGUGUUUUCUAUGGUAUGUCGAUACCCGUCAAGUGCUUGUUCUAGGUUGUACUCGAGGUGGAACCCAACCCGAUUUGUUAAAAGCAUAAAAAGGGAGGAUAUAAAAACAUCAACAUUGAGGAACAUCAUUUACUUUGGGAGAGGUAGUCUUCUUUUUCUGAUUAGUAGUCAAGUCCAGGUUCAGUUUGAUGUACUUUUGGAGAAAUUACGUUUGUUCAUAUAUACUCUGUGUUCACACCUAAUAUGUAAAAUGAAUAAUAAAAAAAC